AUGCCCAGUGAAGAGAAUCAAAAACGUAAAGAAUCCGGAAAACCAGCAAAGCGCACGACAGUUUUAGAAAUAUCACUUGAUCGAUCUUCGCAAGGAAACAAGAAUAAACUUCAGAUGCGAUUACCCAAAGGAGCACCACUGACGUUGAGUCUACGAAUACGAAAGGCGUUCCCGGUCAUAAAUCGAUUAGCCGCGUUACCCCUCGGCACAUGGGCGGUCAUUUCGGUGGUGACAAUUACGGGAUUUGGUUUCUUCGCUGUUGGAAUCUAUCCGAAGUUGAAUCACGACUACUAUGCUGAAGCACAGACGAAAGAAAGAGCGCUACUACAUGCAACAAAAGAACAACUUGCACAGGGACAAAACGUGUGGCGAGAUCCAUUCGAAAAGAAA